AUGUCGUCGCCGUUGCUAGAGACCAGAGCUCCGGCGCACACCCAACAACACCAAAACCUCAAUAACGGUCAGAUUUCUCACCCUUUCUCGUUCGACUUUUCUGGGUUCUCGUUGCAAAAUCAAUCCGAGCAAUAUCAAAGCUUGUCCCACACCAUGAACCCAUCAAAUGCUGGUGAUGUAACUUCUGGUUUUUCGAAUUCUAACGACAUAAACUCCAAUUUUGGCUUCAAUACCUCGUCCCUUUCGCGGCAGGGGUCCGGUCUUGCGAGACCGAGAUUUGUGAAGGUGAGAAGAGGCUUGAAUGCUCAGAAUUUUAAACCCCCAGAGUCCCCAGAAACCGGGUUUCGUCCUGGAUUCAAUCCGUUUCGAACCAAUUUGGAGAGUUCAAUUCCAGUCCCAUCCGGGUUAGAAACGGGGACUUCAGUCUCUGGGGAAUUUGGGACCCCUAAGAGUGGGAAUGAAGGAAAAAUGUUCGGGGCCAAUAGGAGUGAUUCGAAUGCAAAUUCGGGGAAAUGGGAUUCUAAUGCGAGUUUGAGGAAAGGAGUGAUUGAUGAAAUGAGGAAUUUGAAAAUCGGGAGUGGCAAUGAGUUUCUGAAUACCAAAGAGGGUGCUUUCAGUUUUAAUGCAAGAAGUAGGGUGAGUUCGAGUUCAGCUGCGGGGUUGGAUAAAGGUGGUUUCGUCUUUGGUAAUGGUUAUAGGAAGAAUUCUAGUAUUGAUGAAAGCAUUGGGUCAAAGCUUCCCGAGGAUAUGAUGAAGUUGAACAUUGAAGGUCCCGAGAACGCUGAAUCUGUUGAGAAAGGUAAGGAUGUAAAGUUUAAUGUAACUGCAACUGACAAGACCAAGUUUGGUCUGGGGAAUAAUGACAAUGUGGGUGGUUCUUUGGGCCAAAACCUGGAAUCGGAACUCCCAAAUGAGUUGAAGAAGUUGAACAUUAAGGAGACUGUGCAGCUGGAUCGCACUCGGAAAAUAUACUUCCAGAUUUGA